CAUUUUGUCAUUUAUGCACUGAAUGUCCUGAAUAUUCGCAAAAACAUUCAAUGCAUAAUUUAUAUUGUCCCUGUCAAUUCGUCAGUUUGGUUUUGGGUUUUGAUAAGGAUUUUAUAAAAUUAAGUGAAACAGAUCUAACAUAACAGAAUGAUUCAGUUUAAUCAAAUAGUGGUGUCGCGAACAAGGAUUUGAAAUUAAUUUUAAACAUAGUUUGAAAAUGUCGAACCACUAUGAUAUCCCGAGUUGGGCCGGGAAACCUCCUACAGGCCUUCAUUUGGAUGUUAUGAAAGACGAUAAAUUAAUUCAGAAACUAAUGAUUGACGAAAAAAAAUGCUACCUUUUUGGGCGAAAUCCUCAAAUGAAUGACUUCUGCAUUGAUCAUGCAUCUUGUUCGCGGGUUCAUGCAGCAUUUGUUUAUCACAAGCAUCUCAACAUUGCCUACCUGGUAGACCUAGGAUCAACACAUGGAACUUAUAUUGGAUCAGUACGGUUGGAGGCACAUAAACCAACCCAACUGCAAAUUAACUCGUUGUUUCACUUUGGAGCCUCAACGAGACACUAUAUGCUAAGGGAACGUCCAACGGUCGGAUCAAGAUCUAAUAUCAUGGAAGACAUUCCCAUGUUGGACUCUAGUGAUGGAACUUACCUUGGAUUACCUGAAAGUCAGACAGAACUCGAUAAUUUGACUGAAUACAAUACUGCUCACAACCGACGAAUUUCGAUGUUGGGCAUCACUGAUGAAAGUACUAAUUUUAAAAAGAAUAUGAAAAACAAACGUAAAAGAAAAGGUGUUCAGUUCAAUGAAGAUGAGAUCAUCAUUAACCCGGAGGAUAUUGAUCCAAGUAUAGGCCGUUUUCGUAAUCUUAUACAGUCUACUGUUGUUCCUGUAUCUACGAAAAGAGCGAAGUUUGACAUGAACAGUAUGGGUUUUUCGACUUCAUCUUCCUCUGGAAAAUCACUGCAGCAUUCACACAGUUUGGUGCCAAAUUUAUACCAUGGCAUUGAUGAUCACACGAGUGAUGGACGAAACAGUGUUGGUAGCGCAACAGGUUUUAAUUUUGAUAUGGACACUACUCCCUGUGGAUUAUCAACAAAAUUGGGUAUCAUCUUACCCAAUCCAGCACCGGAUGUUAAUCCUAUGAGUGCAACACCCUCGAUGAUGCCUCCUCCACUUUACAGCACCAUGGCUCCCAAAAGUGUUAAAAUUGUCGACAAACCAGAUGUGUCUGAUGAACCUAAGAAGAAAAAAUACGCCAAGGAACAGUGGCCCGGAAGAAAGCCACUUGGAUUGGGUGGGUUCUAAUAACUAUUUCACUGUUCUGAUAGCGACAGUGGCGCCAACAUAUAGGCCGUUAACAUACAAAAUUGGAAACGUUUGAAAACUAGCGUUAGGUACUCGUUUUUCUAUGUAAAAAUAUUUCAGCAUGGACCGAUAAAUUGGUAUUGUAGAAGAAAUUGUUGUGUGUUUCCAUUGAUCGAAAGAUAGAAAUACAGUUAAGGUCUUGAAGGGAUAGGCACAAAAACACAACUGUAGAAAAGUCUACUUUUCGAGCAAAAUAUUUUAAAAAUAAAAGGAAAUAAAAACUAUUUUCCCUAUUUUUACCUGGAACUGUUAGGCGGAAUAUAUUCAAUAGUUGCACUAUUUAUGUACCAUUUAAUUCCACUAUUUCACUGUCACGUUAUUACACUUUCACAAAAUCAGUAACACCCUCAUUCUUGUUUACGGCCGUAUGCGAUACGUUCGAAAGUAUAUCAAAUUCGUAUUCCCGUUUACGUUCAAAUCAAUCACACUUUUAAACAUCGUACAUGCAUAAAAACAACGCCCAUCCAACUUUAAACUAUCAGUUCUGGUACAGAUUUGAGUUGUAAAUAAAAAUCUUUGAUAUCAUUUGUUAUUUGACUUGUUUUUUCGCUGAUUUUGUAUCAUCAUGCUUGCUUACGUCCGUAUUGACUAUUCGACGAACAAAUGCUUUCGAACGAAUGCGAACAAGCCAUUCUUGUUUUCACUCGAACGUGUACGUACGCGAUUCCUGUGCAAAAGAAGGAUC